GUCAGACAGAAAACAGAAAAGAGCUGAGUGAGCCGGGGAGGGGCCCUUUGAAGGAAUAUUGCCACCGCCGGCAUUCCAACAACUCAGUAGGCUGCUUCGGAAUACGCAUACUGUGCGUCCGCAACAAUCUAGGAGCUGGGCGCAGAGAUCGUCCGCAUAGGUCGGACUGCACUGAUUUUUAACUGCCUGGAGAGGAGAAGCACUGAUUUGCACCAGUGGCUUGAAACCGGUGUCCCCUCUCUCUCCCUGCUCAACCCUGCCCUCCUUCCGUAGUUCUUUCCCUUUGUCUGAUCUCCCUGAUCCCAGAGACUGCAAGAUCUCUCAAGAUGCCUAGUUCGCUCUUCGCCGACAUGGAGAGGAAUGGGAGUAACCAAGGGGACGCCUUGGACGACCAAAGAGCCCUACAGAUAGCACUGGACCAGCUUUCGUUGCUCGGUUUGGACAACGACGAAAAUUCAAUGUAUGACAAUGAGCCGAGGAAAAAGAGCGUGAACAUGACCGAAUGUGUCCCAGUUCCUAGUUCAGAGCACGUAGCUGAAAUCGUCGGCAGACAAGGUUGCAAAAUUAAAGCCCUGCGAGCAAAAACCAACACCUAUAUCAAGACUCCAGUGCGUGGGGAGGAACCAGUCUUUGUUGUGACAGGCAGACGAGAGGAUGUAGCAAUGGCUAGGAGGGAAAUCAUCUCUGCAGCAGAGCAUUUCUCCAUGAUCCGAGCCUCUAGGAACAAAAACAGCACCCUGAAUGGGAGUGGCACUGUCCCUGGGCCGCCCAACCUUCCCGGGCAGACCACCAUCCAGGUGCGGGUUCCCUACAGGGUGGUGGGAUUAGUGGUGGGACCCAAGGGGGCCACCAUCAAGCGGAUCCAGCAGCAGACGCACACCUACAUUGUCACGCCCAGCCGAGACAAAGAGCCAGUCUUCGAGGUCACAGGCAUGCCGGAAAACGUGGACCGCGCGCGGGAAGAGAUCGAAGCACACAUCGCCAUGCGUACCGGGGGGCUCAUUGAGCUGACCGACGAGAACGACUUCCACGCCAACGGCACGGAUGUGGGCUUCGACCUGCACGGCCACGCCAGUCUGUGGAGCAAGCCUACCUCCAGCGUGACCCCCACCUCUGGACGCAAGCCUUUCUCCAACUACCGCAACGACAGCUCCAGCUCGCUGGGCAGUGCCUCCACAGACUCCUACUUCGGGAACAACAGCAGCUCCCGGCUUGCAGACUACAGCCCUCCAAGCCCCGCCUUGAGCUACACCGCCUCCAACAAUGGCAACAACAAUAACAACAACGUCAACAUCAAUGUGAACACCAAUGGCAACGAGUUUGUCUAUGGGAGCGAAGUGAUUUCGCCCGACUGCACUGACUUGACCUUCGAGUCUUCACCCGGAUUUGACCCCACGCCUGCUCCCCCAGGACUCCUCUGGUCCCAGUACGAGCGUGGCGUGGUGUCCGGUGGUGGAAACAACUCAGCCAUCUAUCCUGCCAAUGCUUCCACUAAUGCCAACGGGAUGAUUGCUAACCAGCGGCGUGCCAACGGGGUGGGCUGCAACAACCAGCCCCGGCUGUCCCCGCCCCUGCACCACGCCGGAGGGGCCGCUGAGCACCCGCUGGCCCGCCGCGUGCGCAGCGAUCCCGGGGGCGGCACGCUGAGCUUUCCCAACUACCCGGGCAACGCGCUGUCCGCCGGCAUCAACGGCCUCUCGGGCUCCCACCUCCCCGGGGUGCCGUCCGACUCGUCCGCCUCCUCCACCUCCAGCUCCUCGUCCAGCUCCUCCUCGGGAACCAGCCGGAAGGGCAGUCGGGACUGCUCGGUGUGCUUUGAGAGUGAGGUCAUUGCAGCGCUGGUCCCCUGUGGUCACAACCUGUUCUGCAUGGAGUGCGCCAAUCGCAUCUGUGAGAAAAAUGAGCCCAAAUGCCCUGUCUGCCACGCAGCUGUUACUCAGGCUAUACGUAUAUUUUCAUAAGUUGUACCCAACAUGCAGAUAGCAACAAACCACCAUGAACAAAACUCGUAAGGCUUUAUGAAAUCCUAAUAACGUGUUCUUGUAUGUAUAUAUACAUAUGUAUGUAAAGCUGCAGUAUCCAAAAAGGGACACCCUUCAGGGCUCCAUUGUAAUUGUUUAUAAUGUACUGUAGCUUGGGACAAUAUUUUCAACAUCUAAUGCAUGUUUUAAAUAUUAAAGCCUAGUAAUCAUUAGUUCUAGUAAAUUGUACACAACAUUAAUGAAGUUAUAACAUGGAGUUAGAUCUUGAUUGAGGUACUUAAGUCAAUUUUGUUGACUGUUAUAGAAACUGGCCUUUAAGUUUCACUGAUCGAAUGUAUUGGUAGCAGAGCUUGUGGUUAGGAAAUUUGGAAGGCCUUGACAAAACAGGAUUAUUGACUUCUGAAGGUGACGAUACUGCAGCUAGAGAGGAGAAACAGUUGAGGGAGAGCAACAACAUAUCCUACAUAUAUAUGUACAGAUUAAAAUUCCACAAGUUGAAAGUUUUAAAUAUUAAUUACAUUAAUACAGAUUGAAGUAUUUUAUUCUUUUUUGACUUGAAAGAUUAUAUUUCGUAUUGCAAAGAUGUUUACAAAUAUUUUAAUUUAAGUUCAGUGAACUUUUUUGUAGCUGGGUUAAAAUAUCGUUUAUUUUUAGUAUGGCCUUAUGGCAGUGAACACUGUAUUAUUUUAAUAUCACAGAAAUGUGGGAAGAAAUUCAGACCACAACAUGUGUAUCGCAUUUACCAGUAUUCUGUUGGGAUGGAGGUUUUGUAGGUUCAGCAAAAAAUGUCUUUUAAAUCCGCUUCACCCAGCAUAUUUUUUAUUCAGUAAUAUAAAGCAUAUUUUAUUCUAUAUUAUUACAAAACAUUGAAAUGUAUAAAACUUAGUAAGUCAAACAAAAAGGAACCGUUUAUGCUUUCUAAAAUUUGUAUGAAUUAGAUUCCAGUGGGAAUUACAGAGUUCUGUUGCACCACUAUAGUUUAGUAUUUCUAUUUUAAUACAUUUGUUUACCACUUGUUUAUGUAUAUGUAGGUGAAGUUACUUGAGCGUAAAUGUACUUUAUUGAGCAAAGUUUAAAAACAAAGUAUAUUUUAUUUUAUGAUAAAGGGCCUUUAAC